AGAGGAAGCUCAAGUCUCCGGAUUUGAGUUUCAGCGAUGGAAAAAGGUGAGAAUGCUUCUUGGAUACACCAGCUGGAGCUGGAAAAUUCACUCAAGAAAUAUUUGAACAGCACGGAGGACUACUUGACUUUUCUCUGUGGGCCUCGGCGCAGUCACCUCUUCCUCCCCAUGACUGUAGUGUAUUCACUGAUUUUUGUGGUCGGAGUCUUUGGCAAUCUCCUCGUGUGCCUGGUGAUUCUGCGACACCAGACAAUGAAGACACCCACCAACUACUACCUUUUCAGCUUGGCUGUCUCAGACCUCCUGGUCCUGCUCCUUGGAAUGCCCUUGGAAAUCUAUGAGAUGUGGCAUAACUACCCCUUCUUAUUUGGGCCAGUGGGCUGCUACUUCAAGACAGCCCUCUUUGAGACUGUGUGCUUCGCCUCUAUCCUCAGCGUCACCACGGUCAGCGUGGAGCGCUAUGUGGCCAUCCUUCACCCGUUCCGCGCUAAACUGGAGAGCACGCGGCGGCGGGCACUCAGGAUCCUCGUGGUGGUCUGGGGCUUCUCGAUCCUUUUCUCUCUACCCAACACCAGCAUCCAUGGCAUCAAGCUCCAAUACUUCCCCAAUGGGUCCUUCGUUCCUGGCUCUGCCACCUGCACAGUCAUCAAGCCCAUAUGGAUCUACAACUUCAUCAUUCAGGUCACCUCCUUCCUCUUCUAUGUCCUCCCCAUGACUGUCAUCAGCGUCCUCUAUUACCUCAUGGGGCUCAGACUAAAAAAAGACCAAUUCGUUGAGGCAGAUGAGAUGACUGCAAAUUUCCAGAAACAUUCCAGGAAGUCAGUCACCAAGAUGUUAUUUGUCUUGGUCUUAGUAUUUGCUAUCUGUUGGACCCCAUUCCACAUUGAUCGACUCUUCUUCAGCUUUGUGGAGGAGUGGACUGAAUCCCUGGCUGCUGUGUUCAAUCUCAUCCAUGUGGUGUCAGGUAUCUUCUUCUACCUGAGCUCAGCUGUCAACCCUGUUAUCUAUAACCUGCUGUCUCGCCGCUUCCGGGCAGCCUUCCGGAACAUGAUGUCUCCAUGUAGACAGUGUCAUUCUCAACAUCCCUCACAGGGCCCACCUACCCAGCGGAACACCUUGCUGACAGAAUGCCACCUUAUGGAGCUGAUUGAAGAUUCAGUGCCCCAGUUCCCUAAUCAGUCAUCCUCCUGCAAUUCCCACAUUUCCACAGCCCUCUGA